AGCUCCAGCUCCGACAGCGACAGCUCUAGCUCCAGCUCUAGCUCCAGCAGCACCAGCUCCAGCGAGGAGUGGUUCCAGGACAUGCCUAAGAUGAACGAGGCCCCCAAGAACCCCAUGCUCCCCUACUUUGUCGGCUACAUGGGCUCCUCCAUCCAGGCUUCCAACCAGAUCAACGCCAUCCAGGCCGUCCAGAAGCUCUGCCAGCAGAUUGCCCACGAGAUCCAGAACCCCAACCAGAUCCCCGAGAAGGCCACCCUUGCCAAGUUCAGCAUCCUGGCCCGCCUGAUCCGCACCAUGGACGCCAAGCAGCUUGAGCAGGCUAGCCAGCAGCUGUACACCUCCGCCUCCUCCAAGAGCGCCAGCCAGAGCCAGAGCGCCACCGAGAAGGUUGCCGCCUGGAAGGCUUUCCGUGACGCCGUCGCCCAGGCCGGUACCGGCCCUGCCCUCCAGCUCAUCAAGGAGUGGAUCCAGAACCACAAGAUCCAGGGUGAGGAGGCCGCCGAGAUCGUCGCCACCCUCCCCAUGGCCGCCCGCGUGCCCACCAAGCAGUACAUGGACGCCUUCUUCGACCUGAUCAAGAAGUCCGAGGUCCAGAAGCAGCAGUUCCUGAACGUCUCCGCCAUCCUGUCCUUCAGCAACCUUGUCCGCAAGGCUCAGGUUGACAACGCUACCGCCCACAACCGUUACCCCACCCACGUCUUCGGCCGCCUUAACCCCAAGAAGGCCUCCGCCGUUGCCCGUGACUACAUCCCCUACCUGGCCCAGCAGCUCAAGGAUGCCGCCCAGAACGAGGACAGCCACAAGAUCCAGGUCUACAUCCGUGCCCUCGGCAACACUGCCCACCCCAAGAUCCUGUCCGUGUUCGAGCCCUACCUCGAGGGCAAGAAGGCCAUCAGCGACUUCCAGCGCCUGCACAUGGUCACCGCCCUGAACAAGCUCGCCAAAGUCUCUCCUAAGAUCGCCCGCCCCGUCCUCUUCCGCCUUUACCAGAACGCUGGUGAGGCCCACGAGAUCCGUUGCAUCGCCGUCUACCUGCUGAUGAAGACCAACCCUCCCGCCAGCAUGCUCCAGCGCAUGGCUGAGUUCACCAACCAGGACCCCAGCAACGAGGUCCGCGCCGUCGUCAAGUCCGCCAUCGAGUCCGCCGCCAACAAGCUCAACUCCAACAUGCAACAGGAGCUGUCCCAGAACGCUAACGCCGCCGUCGACAUGCUGAACGCCACCAAGUGGGGCCAGCAGUACUCCCAGGCCCAGUUCUGGAGCGAGGAUGUCGCUGGUGACAUGAACCUGGCCUACCAGGCCGCCCUCCUGACCAUCGGCAGCGACGACACCCUCCUGCCCCGCAACGCUUUCCUGAACCUGAACAACAACCUCGGUGGUUACCGCUACAAGUACUUCAGC